ACCAUGGCUACGGACAGCUUCUUCUCAUAGUUCUACUUAUUAAAUUGUCUCUGAGUUCAUAACCAUUUCUCUUAGAGAAAAUGGGUCAUCAUUCCAGGGAGAACUACAGUUUCUUCCUUCCUAACUCUAGCUCCAAAACCAACAUAGAUUAUAAAAUGGGCUAUGAUGUGUAGCUUCCAGUGUGAUGGAAAGAACAUUGGAGUUAGAGUCAAAUGUCUACUUUGCUACUUACCCCCAAGUCACCUAACCUCUCUGAAAAAAUUAGACUAGAUAAAUUCCAAAAUUCCUCCUGAUUCUAAAUCCUGUGAUCCUUUUAUUCUCAGUAUACCCCCUUUUCAAUCAUGCAAGUUCUUUCUUUCCAGUUUUUCAUUGUCCCUUUUUCAUCAUCCCCUCGUUAUGUCCCCAUACUCCUACCAAAAUCUCAUGACCAGGAAGAGCUGUCCCUUUAAGGAGAGAACAGUGUGUGGGAUGAGGACCUUUAAAGAGCUGGGAGCCAGAGAGGCUCUGCUCCAGAACAGGUGUUUCCAUGGCUCAAUAUAGCCCCAAACUCAAUGACGGCCAGCCUGUCUUAGAGGAUUACUUUUUGGAUAAUAAGAAUCUGCCUGUGGAAGAAAUGGCAGUUGGGGCGGUCAACCCACUUGACCAAAUGGAUUGUCGAGCAGACUCAAACUUAAUGGAGCAAGGACCAGGCUCCUUUAGUCCCCAGAUCUCCAAGAAGGUCAGCAGAAUUCAGGAAGAAGAGAACCCAGAGGAGGAGCAGCAGGAGGAGGAAGAAGAUGAGGAAGAAAAAGAAGGGAAUGAGUUGGGAGAUCCAGCAGUGCUCAGUGCCAUCCACCAUGUUCAGAGAAGACACAAGAGCUCACCAGGACUCAAGGCCUCCAGUAUGCUUGGGAUGUCUCCAGUCUCCUUGCGAUUUCUAUGUCAGACCCUGGACUAUUUUUCUCCAGCCCCUUUUCAGCCUACAUUUCCAAGUGCCAGUUCCCCAGCACGAUGCUUUGGACCUCAACAGCCCUCACCAGAUCCAUCUCUCUUCUACAGUCCACCAGCAUCAUGGCCCCCUAGGUUCAGUCUCCGCAGUCAUCUGACCCAGCUGCAUCCCCAGCACCAACGGAUCUUGCUACAGCAGCGGGAGGCACAACGAUGUGGUCAUAAACACCAGAGUCCCCGUGUUGGGAAAUUGUGGUCCCAGAAGCCAGAUCCCUAUGCUGAUCUCAUGAAUCAAAGGGAGAAAGACUGGGUGAUCAAAGUACAGAUGGUUCAGCUGCAAAGUGAGAAUCCUCGUCUGGAUGACUACUACUACCAGGAAUAUUACCAAAAGCUAGAGAGAAAACAGGCAGAUGAGGAGCUGCUUGGUCGAAAGAGUAGGCUGGAAUCUCCUAAGUUGGUAACCCCUUACAUUCAAAAGGCAGAGACCUAUGAAUCAGUGGUUCGAAUUGAAGGUUCACUAGGGCAGGUGGCCGUAUCUACCUGUUUUGGUCCCCGAAGAGCCAUUGAUGCAGUGCCCCAUGGCACACAGGAGCAGGACACAGCUAUAUAUAAUCAGAAGCUUCAAGUACUAUAUCGAAUUGAGAAGAUGUUCCUUCAGCUGUUGAAACUGGAGGAGAAUCAGAAGAAUAUGCUAGCAAAGCCCCAUUUCUAUGAGCUGCAGAGCAAACAGCUAGAGAAGAUCUACCAGGCCUUGAGGACUGAUGAUCAGGACAACUCAGAGGAGGCAGCAAAUGGAUUCCUACAAAUACUAUCAGUGAGGAAAGGAAAGGUCCUUGUAGCCCGGCUACUACUACUUCUGCCAAGGGAUCAGGCAGUCCACCUUGUCCUAUCAAUCACCAGUCACUUGCCCUUCCUAAUUCGAAGGGAUACAGCUGAUCAGGCCCUACAUAUGCUGUUCAAGCCCCUGGGGAAGUGCAUCAGUCUCUUGGCUUUUAAUGAGCUCCUCCAAGGACUUCAAGGACUGAUGGUGCUACAACCUGGAUCCCAAGAGCGGCCAAUCACUGUAGUCCUUCAGAACCAGUUUGGGAUCUCCUUGCUCUAUUCCCUACUAAGCCAUGGGGAACACCUGUUUUCCUUGAAUUGUUCCUUGGAGAAACACAGCAGAAGCGAUCUUGCAAUUUGGACAAAUAUGGUGGUACUGAUUGCCUGGGAGAUAUCCCACAUGUCCGCAGCUUCUCUGGCAGAGCCACUCAUUGUACCCAGCAACCUCCUCUCCCUGUUCUGCCGUUAUGUGGACAAACAAAUAGUACAGCAAUUAGAAGCCAGAAUGGAAUAUGCCCCCAUGGGUACUGAGCUGACUUGUUUGAGAAAAUUAUCCUGCUCAUCUACAUACCAGUCUGUUAGGGUUGAAGUACAAGAAGGGAAAAUUCUUUAAAGGAGCUGCGCCCUUGGCAGUUGUAUGAAAGCUAUUUUGAUUUUCCUCAGUGGAUGCAAUGGAGACCCCAUUUUCUUUACCCUGCUCCAAAUAAGUUCAGAAAUCUAGAACCUUCAGAAAGGAAGGGCAGGGUAGUACUUGAUUACAUUAAAAUGCAUGUAAAACUGAAAUAAGUGGGUACUAAAACCUUGCUUUUUGAAAGCUAUAAUAAAGGUCACAUUUUACCCUCCCCAUAUUUCCAAAAAUAGCUUCUUCCUUUUCCUUCUGCUAAGCAUCUUUACUAGAGCUAAAUAAAGUGGAUCUUUUUCUUAAAUGAAUGAGAAUAUUAUAAUAUAUAAAGGGGUUUCUCUCAACAGAGCAGAAAUAGUAUGUGUCCUGCCAGAUUCCAGAGUAAAGUAUUUUUCUGUCUUUUACCUUCUUUCUAAUUACAGGCCUUCUUUCAUUCAGAGAGACUUCAUUUCCUUUAUUACAACCAUGAAACGAGUAAAAUGGUCGAACAAAUGCCAUAGGUCAUAAGGUCUUAAUGUGUUUGGAGUUAUUUUUUUCUUAUAAACAAGAGAAUAGAAGAAUAUAUUUUAUCAAUAAUAAUAAUAAUAGCUAGCUGGGGCAGGCACCUAGGGUCUCAGUAGUUAGAACUGGAGUGAGAGUUAGAACUGGAGAUACCUCCUAGCUGUGUGACCCUGGGCAAGUCACUUAACUCUCAUUGCCUAGCCGUUUCCAUUCUUCAGCCUUGAAACCAAUAUAUACUAUUGGUUUUAAGAAACAAAGUAAGGGUUAAAAAAUAUCAAGGGGCAGGUAGGUAGUUCAUUGAUAGCAAACCAGGCCAGGGGUCAGAAGAACCAAGAUUCAAAUCUGGCCUCGGAUACUUCCUAGUUGUGUGACUCUGGGCAAGUCACUUAACCCCAAUUGCCUAGCCCUUGAAAUUGAUUCUAAGACAGAAGGCAAGUGUUUAAAAUAAGAAUAGUUAGCAUUUACCUAGUAAUUUACAGUUUCCCAAAUACUUUUUUACAAUAGCUACUAAUCCAAGGAGGUAGGUGCUAUUAUUAUUCUCUUUUUACUGAUGAGGAAACUGAGGCAGAAAGAGGUUGCCUAGUGUCUAAGGCCACAAUUGAACUCUAGUCUUUUUCACUCUAUUCUAGGACUCUAUCCACUCCACCACUUAACUGCCUCUAUUAAUUUAAAGAGUCUUCCUUCUUUUUAACUCUGAUGAUUGUGGCUUCAUUUAGUAUGAAUCCUGCAUCUCAUUUAUACUUCAUCUUGUAUAAUUCUGAACUUAAAGUCUGUGCAAAGAGUGGUCUCAAGGCCUUUCCUUCAUGUCUUAUAAACAGUCCUCAGGAACCAGUGAAGUGUUUAGCCAUCCAUCUAUUUUAUCUUUUGCUUUUGUUACAGAAUUGACCACCCACUUUUCUCAACAAUAUAUUUCUUAGAUAAAAUUCCUUUAAUAUGACCACUCAGCUUAUUAUUUUUAAUAUGCUGUAGCCUGACACCUGCUUCUUAUCUCUUCAUUGUCUUCUGGUCACCUAUAAUUUUAAUUCUUCAGAGGUCAUGGUGGUAAAUGAAGGUGAAGUCUAUACCUUCAUUUACCUGGUAGAAAAACUUAAUUCACAUUUAGUGUAAUGGGAGUCUCUCUCAUCUAAGACCCCCUACAGCUUACCUAGCAUAUUAUAUGUAACCUUCACAUGGAAGAUGCCAGGGAGUUGCUUUGGAGAGGAUAAUAGGAAUCUAGACUAGAUAUCCCAUUAAGUAGAAAUGCAGAAGAAAACAUGAUUUAUCACUUGUUUAUAUGGGUAUAUGAUUUGGGGUUUUGGUUUUAAGAGAUUAUUAUAAAAUAAAUAAUAUGGAAGUGGAAUUUGAGUAAUAAUAUAUGAAUAACCCAGUGAAAUUACUUGUCGACUCUGGGAAGGUAGAGGGAAGGAAAACAAGAAUCAUGUAACCAUGGAAAGAAAAUUUAAAAAUAAAAAGAUAUCCCAUUACAUUGUUAAUAUUCUCUUAGGAGGGAUUGAAUGUUAGAAUACAGACUUCAUAUAUUUACACUAAUUCUAUUUAAUCAACUGUAUUGAAGCCUAUUGAGGAAUGAAUGAUAUGACAUAGAUAUUACACAUAUGUAUAAUGUAUAUACACUCAUAAAUGUACACACACAUAUAUACACAUAUAUUACAUUUACCUUGAAACUACAAUAAAAAUUACAGGAGAGCCAUUUUC